AUAAAAUUUAACACUGCAACAGCUCCGAGGGCACAUCUUGUAUUAUUUAAUUCCUCUGUACUAAAUCAAUGCAAUCGGUUGAUACAGGCUGUUCCUUCCAUUUAAAAGACAUCAACGCGUGUACAUCUUCUCUCGUGUGAGGAACCAACCAACAAAAUCAGGACAGUGCUUUCAGAGAAAAAUCCUAACUUCGCAUUUCAUUAUUGGCAAUUGCGUAAGAUUGUGUAAUCGGCACCCGAUUGUUAGUUUUUGAAUGAUUUUGCUGUGGAUACCUAUCUAUCUUCAUCGAUUAUAUUAUGUACUAUCGGCGCAGUCGUGGCUGUCAGGGCGUUCGUCGCCUCAGGCGGUGCCUUAGCGAUUUUGUUUUGUACCACUUUCUCAAAGUUAGCAGUCUUACUUCUAUGCGAGAUUAAUUAUUAUUUGUUUCUUGAUUAUUUAAGAAUAUUCAUCUAUUAAAGUUUAUUGGAUAAAAAUGGGAGCCUUCCUUUCUGUGAAAUUUGGUAUGAAUAAACAGUUUCGCAAUUUAAAGUUUAACCGACUUAACGAUUCGAAAAUUUGUCUCUAAUGUUACAAAAAGAAGAAGUAGUAUUUUUUCGUAAGUUGCACUUGAGAGUGGACAGUGGGCAACGUCCUCGGACAGGAGGGCCAGCAUAGCACGGGAGAUAAAUAGUUGAUGUCGGUGCGUAGUGUCGGGCGCGGGUAGCGCGGGGAGUGCGGUGAGUGGCGGCGGCGGCGCGCGGAGGCUGCUGCGCUCAGAGCACCUGCGCCCGCGCUCCGUAGCGCCGCUCGUCGCGUGCUCGAGUACCCGCGCUCCGGCCCGCGCGCCGCGUGAACACGCCGCCCACGAUUUUACUGAUAUCAAGUGUAGAGCGGGGUGCUCCUGAGAGGAGCCUCCGCCCGCACAAAGACGUCGCCCUUCGUAGUGAGACAGGGCGGGAUGUCCGCGUCGCCACAGCACGCGGGCGCUUGCGACGAGCGGGCACGCACGCCCAAAGCUUGCGGCUCGCCCGCGUCCGCCCCUCGCUCACCGGCCCCCGCGCACGCUGUCCUAGCUACCAUGACCCCGGUGCAACCCGCCCAUGACUACUACCCUCAUAAAGUAGAGAUGGAUUCCGAUGAUGGGUAUCCUCCUGAGGCCCAUUCGUAUCGGCACUCGCCUCACGAACUAGCCGCCUAUGCUACCGACAGUAAAGUGCCCGUUCAACCAGAUGUUUACGAACAAGGCAUGGAGUCAAUAGAUGAAAAAACUCCUAUUGAUCUGAUUUAUGAAGAUGAUAAGCAGACUGUAAUAUACACGACGACACCAGAUCAAAAGCGCGUGGAGAUGAUCAGUGGGCAGCUUGAAGACGGUCAGCUGGUGAGCGGAGGAGGGCAACUGGUCGACGGUGGUGUCUCUGUUGUUGUGGGCGCUCCUGGACAACCACCCACGGUUCUGGUCUUAGCUGAUCACAUGGUCGAUGAACUUGGUCAAGUUAUCACCAUUCCCAGGAGACGCAAAGAGGUGAUGGAAGUAGGCGGAGAGACAUGGCGCGCGUAUUAUUCCAGCGGGGCGGAUCACCCGCUGAGCGCGGCUACGUCGGCCGUGCUUGGCGUCUCAGAUGAUCAACAGCCUCAGCCGCUUGUCGCUGAUUAUUACAAGCUUCCUCCACUCGGACAAGAUACCCAUCUGCAUCUUCACAAGGAUGCUAAACUUGUUGAUGUCUGGCCGGCCGGCGCAACACUAAAGGCAGCCAAUGGCGCGCACGGGGCGGAGUUGGGCGAACUCUCGGGCCUGCUCCACGCGGGCCUCGUGAAGCGCGAGCCCGAGGACCUGAGCCGCAAGGUGGUCGACGAGCCCGAGCCGCACGCGCUCAAGCCGCCUCGACAUAAGGUGGCGGUCGGCGAGCCUGGUGAAGCGGCGUCGCCGUCCCCGGUGCCAUCGCGAGCUUCUUCAGCAGGUUCACUACUUCCGGACGCAACGAUGUAUACCACCCAAAUGUUUGCUCCACCGGGCACACCUAGUCCCACCCCCUAUGGCGAUCAAUAUUCAAGACAGCCUUCGACUUUUGCGGGUGAACCUUACUACAGAGAAUAUUUUGUCGGAGAAGGCUACCAGCAGAGAGCUGCACCACCUUAUGAUGGAGAACCGGCUUCAGGUUCUGCGUUUAGCGAAAGAUAUGCUGCACCACGGUAUCACAGCAAGAGCGUGAUCGCAGCAGCCGGACUGACAGUGGACUUGCCAUCACCGGAUAGUGGCAUCGGUGCUGACGCAGUCACCCCUCGGGACCACACUGCCGUGCAGCAGUCGUUCGACUACACGGUAAUCUGCCAGCAGCCCGGCGUCGGCGAGGACGGCCGCGGCACCCCGUCGGCACAUCACUCGCCCGCGCAGGCUCCACGCACGCGACCCUGGCAUGACUUUGGAAGACAGAAUGACGCCGAUAAAAUUCAAAUCGCUAAAUUGUUUUCCCCAUAUGGGUUCAAAUACCAUUUGGAAACGGCGAGCAGCAGUUCACAGCGGCGCGAAGACGACCGUAUCACGUACAUCAACAAGGGCCAGUUCUACGGGAUUACACUUGAGUACAUACACGAUCCCGACAAACCACUUAAAAAUCAAACUGUAAAGAGCGUUGUAAUGCUGAUGUUCAGAGAAGAGAAAUCACCAGAAGACGAAAUCAAAGCGUGGCAAUUCUGGCACGGGAGGCAGCACUCUGUCAAACAAAGGAUACUGGACGCUGACACUAAGAACAGCAUCGGUUUAGCGGGUUGUAUCGAGGAGGUCGCUCACAACGCCAUCGCAGUAUACUGGAAUCCAUUGGAGAGUGCUGCAAAGAUCAACAUUGCAGUGCAAUGUUUAAGUACAGACUUCAGCAGUCAAAAAGGCGUUAAGGGUCUUCCAUUACAUAUUCAAAUUGACACUUUCGAAGACCCGCGAGACACACAAGUUUAUCACAGGGGAUAUUGUCAAAUUAAAGUUUUCUGUGACAAGGGUGCAGAAAGAAAAACUAGAGACGAAGAAAGAAGAGCAGCGAAAAGGAAGAUGUCGGCCACAAACAGAAAAAAACUGGACGAAAUAUACCACCCGGUGACCGAACGGAGCGAAUUCUAUUCGAUGGCGGACUUGUCUAAGCCACCGGUUUUGUUCAGUCCGGCGGAGGACAUCGAGAAACUGACCGGAAUGGACAUACAGGGCUUCUAUGGGCAUGAUGACGCGUCAUUAGCAGAAGCGCAUCUAAAGGGUGCCUCACCCUUCCUCCUGCACGCGGCAAAGCCUCAAGCGCCUGCGCUUAAAUUCCACAAUCACUUCCCACCGGACGCGCCAGGAUACCGGGAGGUGGGUGCGUUAUCUCCCUAUGACCGCAAGGACUCGUUGGAGCUAGAGGGUGUACUGGGUAAGCGGGCGCGCACGUCCACACCGCCGCUGAGCGAGCGCGUGAUGCUAUACGUGCGGCAGGACGCGGAGGACGUGUACACGCCUCUCCACGUGGUGCCCCCCACCACGCAGGGACUCAUGCAUGCGAUUGAGAAUAAGUACAAAAUUUCAAGUUCGGCCAUUAAUAAUCUUUAUCGAAAGAACAAGAAAGGGAUUACGGCCAAAAUUGACGAUGACAUGCUCGCGUAUUACUGCAACGAAGAUCUGUUCCUGCUCGAAGUAGUGCCGGCAGGUAACACAGACGACGAACGGCUCUACGACAUCAUCUUUGUGGAACUGCCCUUAGAGCAUUAGCCUUCGCGCCGCCUUCUUCAUACAAUGAACACUCUCCCGACGUAUUGAUGCGAACUUUAGUUCAAAAACUUUAACAUUCCCCUUUAGCACUCAUGCGAAAAUCUAUUAUAAUGGGAUAAGUUUGUCGAUCUCAGAUUGAAAUUUACUUUUAAGCGAUCCAUCAUCUUAACUUAAUUUUAAAUAACUCGACAUCACAAAUGUCUUCGUCAUAACAUUACGAUAAAAUGAAUUGUAAAUAUAUAUAAUUUUAUAGUGCCUUAUGAAAUUAAGCGAGAUCGAAUUUGUUGGUGGUGGCAAAUGAAAUUCGUAUUUGGUAUCCAGAAGUUGCGUAUAUUGAAUGAUAAUUAUCAUCUUGUAAAUGAUGAAUGAUCCGUUGCUGAAUUAAACGUGUGUGCCAUUCACUCGGUUAUUAUAUUAGAUGUAAUUUAGUUGUCCUCUCAACAGGUACCUUUUAAUCUUGCCAUGAUGAUAAGGAACUCUUGUCACAAAUCAUUAAAGCAUAAAGUGCCUUUGUCAUAAUAAUAUUAUAUUAAAUCUUUAUUAUAAGUGAGUUAAGUCAUAUUAAAUGCCAUCCACUUUGUUAAGUUUUGUAAGCUUAAGUUUGCUUCAUAAGCCCGCUCAAUUUUAUCAUUUAGUACUUUAAAACGUACAUUAGAAAUUUAAGUUGAAUAAUGUUCAUUGCUUUUAUUAUUUUAC